AUGCACGGCAUUCUGGAGCUCUCACUGCAGCUGCUCAACUCGUUAUAUCCGGCCAGCCUAAAUGGUGGCCAUGCAGCCCAAAUUCCCAUCCAUGGUGAACAAGAUGUAAAGCCCACGCCAACAACAAAGACGUCUGGCAUCCCCGACUACUUUGUAACCGACGAUGGUCAUUUUCAAGGCCCAACCCAGACGGGUGCCGCCCCGUUUCUUGCACAGACAAACCUAGCGCCCUUUGCCGGUGUGUCGUACAUACCAAAUACGCCAUUGGAAACCCAAAUGCCUAUUCCAGGAAAUCCAGAUAAUAAGAAUAUCUUCCAAAGCUUGGCAAACAUCAGCCCUUACUUUCCCAAUCCCCGCGGGUUCGGGGUUAAUGAGUAUUCAAUUCCGCCUGGUGCCAAUGUAACAUGGCUCAACAUGGUCCAUCGCCACGGCAGUCGCUAUCCCGAAGUUAGUGGUGAAGCGGCCGAGCGGACUUUGGGAAAGAAGCUCACAGAUGCAGCUGGGAAAUUUACCGCCCAUGGCCCUCUCUCGUUCCUAAACGAUUGGAAGUUUCUGCUUGGUGCUGAAAUUCUGGUUCCAAAUGGCAAAUAUGAGCUGUUUCAGUCUGGCACAUUGCACUACUAUCAGUACGGCCACUUGUACCCAAAUAACGGGAGCAAGAUUGUAGUACGGAGCACCACGCAGCGGCGCAUGACUGAAUCAGCCGAGUACUUUCUUGCGGGAUUCUUUGGCCUGCAAUGGACGCAGAAUGCAACACUGGAGCUUGCCAUUGAAGCACCAGGGUUCAACAAUACGCUGGCUGGUUACAAGCAAUGUAAUCAUACAAACUGGCAAGUAGCCAAGGAUGCAUUCAUGGAUUGGGUGGGUGUGUACCUUCACGAUGCCCAUCAAAGAAUCAGAAGCAACAUUACUGGUGAUCUCGACUGGACUUUGAGUGAUACAUACAAUGCUCAAGCCCUCUGUUUCGAAUAUGCGCUUGACAUAACCUUUCAAGCCGGCACGGGCUUUGCUUCGCCUGUUGGCCGUGCCAUUGGUAUUGGCUACGUUGAAGAAGUCCUUGCCCGCAUGCAACACCACGUCCUAACCUCACCCUCUGCCCAAAUCAACGUCACGCUCGACAACAACACCGUCACAUUCCCCACUGAUCAAGCACUCAACCUGGACUUUAGCCACGACGCCGGUAUCCUAAGCAUCCUCGUCGCUUUCGGCCUCCGCCAAUUCAACGACAAGCUGCCCACCACACAUAUCAAGCACGACCGUGAGUUCAUCCUCUCACACCUGCAGCCAUUUGCCGGCCGUUUGGAUAUUGAAGUCAUUCGUGCGCCUGCACCUGUCAACCCCAAACGGAAUCAAGACGACAUUUAUCUCGACGGCGAGCCAACGAGCUACGUGCAUUUCAUCCUCAACCAGCGCACCAUUCCACUAGGCAAGAGCCACGCCGAGUGUGGACAGCGAGACGACGGAUGGUGUGAAAUGGAGACGUUUCUCAAGGUCAUGCAGAAGCAGAUUGAGCUUGCCGACUACGACUUUGCAUGCUUUGGCGAAUACGAGAAUCCCCCCUAUGGCGAGGUGACGGAUGGAAGGCCAUUGAGGUAG